UCAGUCAACGUUUCUGACGCGCCUCUAUGACGCGUGACGCUUUCAUCCGGGUUCUGUGUGACGUGCACACUUUCCAACAUGGCGGCGUCAGCGAAGAAGACUAAGAAGAAGGGGAAGACUUUAACUCUGACGGACUUCCUGGCAGAGGACAGCAGUGGAUCUGGAACGACUGUGUAUCCCCCCGCGAAGGCCACCAGCUGGGCAGAUGAGACUGAAGACCUAGAAGGAGAAGUGUCCACUUCCUGGCACAACCCUGAAGAUUCGUAUCGUGCCCCGCCCAUCGACCGCUCCAUCCUGCCCACGGCUCCUCGUGCGGCCCGGGAGCCCAACGUCGACCGGUCACGUCUGCCCCGCAGCCCACCCUACACCGCCUUCCUGGGAAAUCUGCCCUAUGAUGUCACUGAAGAGUCCAUCAAACAGUUCUUCAGGGGCCUCGCGAUCAGUGCCGUGCGUUUGCCACGUGAACCCAGUAACCCUGAGAGACUGAAGGGCUUCGGUUACGCCGAGUUUGAUGACGUCGACUCGAUGCUCCGUGCGCUCACUCUCAAUGAGGAGAACCUGGGGAACAGACGCAUUCGAGUAGAUAUCGCAGAUCAGUCCAAUGAUAAAGAGCGAGAUGGAGGUUCGAUGUCGGGGCGUGAUCGUGGGCGUGGUGGUGGCGGUGGCGGCGAUGGCGGUCCUGAUAAGACGGAUUCCGAUUGGAGGGCUCGUCCCAGUGCGGAGCAGGAUGACGGACCGCGUCGAGACAACGGUUUCGGAGAGAGGUCACGUGACCGGUACGAGCCCGAUCGAUUCAGGGAUGGGCCGCGGCGCGACGAUCGCUUCAGCGGCCGCGAUCGCUAUGACGACCGGGAGCGCUACGAUGACCGAGGGGGCAGGGACUAUGACCGUGGAGGUUACGACUCCCGUGGCGGAGGAAGGCGGGCGUUCGGCAGUGGCUACAGGCGUGAUUUCGACGACAAGCGAGAUGGAGAUCGCUUCGGAGAGGACCGCUACGAAAGACGUGACCCCGGGCGUGACGCCGGGCGUGAAGAGAGAGCUCCUCUUCAGAGACCCAAACUGAACCUGAAACCCCGCAGCCUCCCGAAAGAGGAGGAGCAGAGCGGAGGCUCGUCUCCUCAGGCCAACCCGAGCCGCUCUGCUUCCAUAUUCGGGGGCGCGAAACCCGUGGACACGGCGGCCAAGGAGAGGGAAGUGGAGGAGCGUCUGAAGAAGGAGCAGGAGCGACUGCAGAGACAGCUGGAGGAGGACAAGCCCAGACCUUCAGAGAGACGACCUCGAGACCGGGACCCGAGCUGGCGCAGCGAGGCGACGCCCGGUGAACACGAGCGCACAGCGAGCGAGUCCACACCCUAUAGAGGUUCUAAGCAUCAUGAAAGUGAGCAUUCAGAAAAUGAAGUGGAGGAACCCACCUCUCCUGGGUCCCGCCCACCAGUCUCCCCCAGUCAAGGAGCUCUGCAACUAAAGGUGAUGCCGGCUCCUCCGCCAAAGGAGAAUGCCUGGGCAAAACGGGGCACAGGGGGUGGGCCUAAUACUGCACCUUCAUCCGCGCGCGGAAGCGCGGCUCCGAAGUCAAGCAGCUCCUCAAAUUCGGAUGAACCUAUAUCUGAAAAAGAUGAGAAUCAGUUGGAUGGUGUACAACGGGAGAAAGGCGUGUCUCAGGGAAGAGGGGGCGGGGCAGUGAGAGGAGGAGGAUGGGGUCGAGGAGUUGAUCGAGCAGGGGAUGGGCCUGACCAAGACAGACAACGAGAACCAACAGACAAGAAAGAGAGCAGGCGAGAGCCCAGGCCCGCACCAGAGCCAAAGCCGUUCGAGGAGACUGCUGUUCCGAAAUUCAGCUCAGCCAGUAAAUAUGCUGCGCUGCUGAUGGACGGUGAGCAGGUAGAGGACGAAGGUGCUGAGGAUUAAACAAGAAGAAAGAAAAGAAGAGUAAACACACAAAUGUGGAUAAUACUGAAUAAUAAAAAAAAAUCAAAUACUU